AUGACGGAAAUACCUAACGAAUUUUUUCAUACGUACUAUUAUCAUAUCAACGUAAGAUUUUUACAAAUUAUUGGAUUAUGGCCCUAUCAAUCGGUCUUCUCAAAAAUUGUUUGCUUAACUAUGAGCUUUGUAAUAGCAGAAAGUAUCUUAAUUCCACAGCUUUUUGCUGCUAUAAAAUUAACUCGAAUCGAUACGAUUAACAUUUUGAAGUGUAUACCGACAAUGACAGUAGCCAUAGGGUGUGGUGUUAAAGUGAUUAAUAUGGUUUAUCACGCUAAGAAUAUUAAAACGUUACUUUUGAAAAUGAUUAAAAAUUGGAACUUGAUCACCGGAGAAGAAGAAAUUCGAAUUUUACGAAGUUACAGUGAACGUGGUAGACAAUUAACUUUAAUUUACGCAUAUAUGUACAUUCACAUAGGUUGCAUGAUAAUGACAUCGUUAACAUUUAUUAUGUUUCCUAUAUUCAAAAUCAUAACUGAAGAUUCAGAAACAAGUGAUAAAUCGAUUGUACCUUUCGAAGUGGAUUACCUUUCUCUGAUCGAUGUUAAAAAACAUUAUUAUAUUAUACUGAUCCAUUGUUAUAUAUGCGUUAUCGCACAUAUUCUCAUAAUAAUUGCAGUGGAUACCAUGUUCAUAAAAUUCAUUCAACAUAGCUGUGCGAUGUUCGCAAUCCUUGGAUAUCAUUUAGAACAUAUGGCAGAUACCGAGAACGAAAAAUCAGAUCUUAAUUUAGAUGACAAAGCUUAUUGGAGAAUCAUUAGUUGCAUUCGUCAACAUAAAGAAAUAAUCGAUUUCGUCGAUCGUAUCGAAUCUAUAUAUUCAACGUAUUUUUUCCUUCAAUUAGGUUACAAUAUGAUUAAUAUGAGCAUUACCGGUACACAGAUAGUAUUAUACGCUGAUGAAAUGUUCGAAUUUGUUAGAUUAACGCUAUUAGCGUUAGCUCAACUUCUUCAUCUGUUUUUCGAAUGUUGGCAAGCACAGCAACUAAUAGAUCAUAGUGCUCUAAUACACGAAUCUAUAUGCAAAGCUGCUUGGUAUAGAACCUCGGUGAAGUCAAAGAAGUUGAUUGGAAUAAUGUUAAUAAAAACUUUGGAAACUUCAAAACUCACGGCUGGUAAACUGCUCGUCUUAUGUUUCGAAUGUUUUGCCGCGGUCGUUAAUAAAUCAGUAUCGUAUUUUACGAUUCUUCGAACAAUGCAAUGAAAGAUAAACCUUAUGAUUCAAUGCUGGAUAAACUAAAAAAAGAAUAAUCAUGGUUAUGUAAUUAUGGUUGUCUUGAAAAUAUUAUAAAUGAAUUUUUGUUAGUUUAAUCGUAUAUCGAUCUUGUAAUAGAACUUAUAUUUUAAUAAAUAAUAACUAUA